AUCAUCGUCCAUCCAGCUUACAACAGUAACACUAUGGACAACGACAUGGCAUUGAUCAAACUUGCAACUCCAAUUACUUUCCCAGCUGACAACAGGAUUGCUCCUGUGUGUCUCCCAGUUGCAAGCAAUUUAUACGAAAAUGUGAAUGCUAUAGUUACUGGAUGGGGAACAACUUCCUCAGGUGGUACCCAACCUAAUGAACUACAAGAGGUGACGGUGCCAACAUUGACUAACACCCAGUGCCGACUAUUAUAUGGAACGAGCAUCACAUCAAACAUGAUUUGUGCUGGACCAAUUGCUGGAGGAAAAGAUUCCUGUCAGGGUGACUCAGGUGGACCGCUAGUGACUACAGGCAACACAGCUCAAACAUUCUAUGUCCUGAUUGGAGUGGUCUCCUGGGGUAAUGGUUGCGCCCUUCCAAAUUACCCUGGGGUCUAUUCCCGAGUGCCCAACUAUCUCCCUUGGAUAAAUUCAAACAUAGCAGGUUCUGUAACUUGUCCAAGUCCACCAUGAGAACUGUUAAUGCAUUGGGUGGACCACUGAAGAACUACAGAGCAUGACUGGACAUGAAAGAUUAAUAUCAUUGAUCAUGGAAUUAUUGAUGUGUGCUUUAGACUUUGCUCUGAAAUGAGAAAUAAGAAAUCUGGUUUGAAUAUUUACUUCUCAAAUUAUUGUUCUAACUAUGGUAAAUUAAAUACAGCACUUAAGCAUUCAGAUAAA